UUCUUUCACAAACGUCCGGAAGACGUGUACUUGUAGGUGUGCUUGCAAACGUGAAAAAGUUGAAAUUUUAAACAAGAAAUAAUAAGUUUUGUAAAGAAAAGUAUAGCAUAUACUUUGUUAUAUUUACACAAUUUAUACUGCAGCUGCAAGUAAAAAACAUUUUUAUUGUUGCAAAUCGAAACAUCAAUAAAAAGUAAAAUGGAGCAAAUCAUUGCAAAUUUAUUGUGUGCCGACAAUAAUCUUAUUAAGCAGGCCACCGCUGAUCUACAGGAAGCCUACAAGCGUCCUGAGACUAUUCCUCAAUUAUGCGACAUUGUUGUUUCAAACAAAGAACCUCAGGUACGCCAAUAUUCGGCUGUAUUGUUAAAGAAACGUUUAGGCAAAUUGCGCCAUUGGCAGAUGGUACCACCAGAACAGCAACAGAUUAUUAAGCAAGGAAUGCUCAAUGCCUUAGUUACCGAACAGGAAAAAUCUGUACGUAAUGCUAUUGCACAAUUUGUUGGUGUAUUGGUACGCCAUGAAGCUGAUACAAAAGAUCCUUGGAUGAAUAAUGUUCUCAAGUUCAUCUACAGUCACUGCAGUUCAGCUGAUCCCAAACAAAGUGAAUUGGGUUCUUCGAUUUUCGCUACCCUUACCGAUGUGGCACCCGAUCAAUUCGUACCCCACAUGGAGUCGGUAUGUGAAAUGUUCACCGCAGCCCUUGUGGCCACCGAGGCCAGUGGUAAUAUGUCUUCACCGGUCAUCUUUAAUAUCUUGACUGGUAUGACUUACUUGGUGCCAUUCAUUUUGGGCCAUAACGCUGCCGAACAAACAUAUCAAAAGUCGAUUCCUUUGAUUAUCAAGUCUUUGCAAGCAUUUGCAGUGCAGCCAGAUGUUGAUCAGUUCGUAGGUGCCUUCGAUAUUUUGGAAAGCAUGGCCGAUUAUACACCAAAAUUGUUGACCACCAAUAUUAAAUUGUUGCUAGAUUUUUGCUUGGAGGCUUCGAAUAACCCACAAUUGGAUAGUGCUGUUCGUGUGAAAACUGUUGCCUACAUUGGCUGGUUGGUACGUCUCAAGAAGAAGGUGAUCAUUAAGCAAAAACUUAUUGAGCCCAUCAUUCAAGUUGUGUUUAGUUUAAUGGCCACAAAACCAGAAGGUGAUGAGGAUGAUGAAGAAUAUUUCCUUGGCGAAGACAGUUCCAAUCCAAUGACUACAGCCACACAAACUAUGGAUUUGUUAGCCUUGAAUGUUCCCCCAGAGAAGUUGAUCCCCCCACUAUUGCAAUUGUUGGAGCCUGCAUUGCAGGGUCAAGAUCCCUUGCCACGUCGUGCAGCUUAUUUGAGUAUGGCUGUUAUUGCCGAGGGAUGCUCGGAAGCCAUUUGCAACAAGUACUUGGAGACAAUGUUGAACAUUGUCAAAGUGGGUAUAACUGAUCCCGUUCCACUUGUACGCAAUGCUGCCUUCUUUGCCCUAGGUCAAUUCUCGGAACAUCUUCAGCCCGAUAUUACCAAGUUUGCUCCACAAAUUUUGCCAAUUCUCUUCGAAUUCCUUCAACAAUUAUGCAACGAAUUAAGGAGCGGCGGUGCUGAACCCAAACACAUUGAUCGCAUGUUUUAUGCUUUGGAAACAUUCUGUGAGAAUUUGGAGGAUGCUUUAGUCCCUCACUUACCAUUACUUAUGGAGCGCUUGUUUGAGGCCAUGAACCCCAAUAACUCCAUACGUGUACGCGAACUAUCUUUGAGUGCAAUUUCUGCCGCUGCUAAUGCUGCCAAGGAAAAUAUGAUGCCUUAUUUCCAACAAUUGAUUGCUAUGCUGCAAACAUAUUUGGUUAAAACUGAAAACGAAGACAUUCUGUCAUUGCGUUCUCAAGCUAUCGAUACAUUGGCUGCCAUUGCCCGUACCAUAGGCAAGCAAAACUUCAUGCCCUUGGCCACUGAUACCAUGACCUUCGCCUUGGCUUUAUUGGAAGAGGCCGAUGAUCCAGAUGUACGUCGUGCAAUAUACAACUUAAUUGCUUCGCUGGCCGAAGUUGUCAAUGAAGAGAUGGCCUCCGUGUUCCCUAAGAUUAUGGAACGUUUCUAUGAUUCCAUACUCUCGACUGAAGAAGUUAUACCCGAAUUCAAGGAAGAUGUCAUUAACGUCCCCGCACCCGACAAUGAGGAAAACGAUGAUCGUGAAAUCGACAUUGAGAAUUCCGAUGGCGAAGAUGAUGAUUUAGACAAUAUCGCUGGUUAUAGUGUGGAGAACUCGUAUUUGGAUGAAAAAGAGGAGGCCAUUUUAGCUCUUAAGGAAUUCGCUCAACAUACCGGUGUGGCUUUCAUUCCCUACCUCGAGCAAUCCUAUAAGAACGUAUACAAAAUGAUCGAUCAUCCCCAAGAGGAUAUUCGUAAAGUUUCCAUUGACGCCUUGACCACCUUCAUUAUUGCCUUGUACAAGCAGAACGACGUUCAGGGUGUUGGAAAUGCCAUCACCAUUUUAAUUCCCAAAUUGGGUCAAAUUGUGCGUGACGAUGAAGAAGUGUCGGUGGUCCUCGCCGCUCUCGAAAGCUUCUCGGACAUCUUAAAGGAGUUGAAACAUAUUGCUUUGCCCGAUGAUAAAUUGACCAAUACCAUUUUCACUUGCAUUAAUGAUGUUUUGUUGGGAAAGGUCGCCUGCCAGUUCGAUGAGCCUGCUGGUGGCAACGAUGACGAUGCCGAAGAGAGCGAAUACGAUGAAGCUAUUGUCGAAGGUGCUGGUAACUUGUUGCCGCUGUUUGGUCAUGCCAUGCAGCCCGAAAAGUUUGCCAUGUAUUUCGGACGUGUCUAUCCAGUUAUUAUUUCUAAAUUGCAAAAGGCUAAGAAGAACGAAGAACUUGAGUCUCAAAGAGCUUUUGUUUACGGAGCUUUGGCUGAAUGUUUUGGUGCUUUGAAGAGUUGUACAGGAACCUAUUUCUCCACAUUCUGUCCCAUUAUGAUUGAUGGUCUUUCUGAUGAGUUCUGUCAGGCUCGUCAAAAUGCUGUUUUCGGUUUGGGUGAAUUAGUUUUAUAUGCUGAAGAUAAAUCAUACGAAGCUUAUCCUCAUAUUUUGAUGGCAUUGUCACAAGCUGUUGCUAACGAAAAGGAAGAUGCUGCCCUGGAUAACAUCUGUGGAGCCAUUGCUCGUCUUAUCAUCACAAACUGCAACCUAGUGCCUUUGGAUCAAGUUUUGCCCGUAUUGUUGAAGCAUUUGCCUUUGCGUGAAGAUUUCGAUGAAAAUGCUUCAAUUUUCAAGUGCUUUAAACUCUUGUACAUUCAGUCACGUGAAGCUAUUACCGCCUCUAUCGAACAAAUACUCGCCAUUGCCAUACACGUCUUGUAUAAAAAGGAGUUUGUCGACCAAGACACUUGCGAGAAUGCCGUUGGUUUGGUCAAGGAAAUUCGUGAAAAUUAUCCCGACAAAUUCAGUGUUGUUGCCAAUUCAAAUCCGGAAAUUCUACAAUUUUUGCAAACUCUAUAAGAACUCGCAACUGUUAGAUCGUUAAUGAAGAACCCAUUGCUUUCUAGAAGUAGUACGACGACAAGUAUUUAAAUCUGUUUUUCUUCCAAAGAAAAUUUGACCCAUUUUUUCAUGAUUAUUGCAAGAAAACAAGAUAAAGUGUACAUUUCAAUUCUAUUUAUACAUUUUCUCUCAAAAAGACUGCAUGCAUCAUUAAGAAAAAAGAAACAAAACAAAAAAAUUGUACUUGUAAUUAUUAUGAGCAAUUCCUCCUAUCCAUUUAACUAUAUUAGUAUUUUAUAACACAUAUAUAUACAGCAUAUUUAUUUGUUGUUUACUUAUGUACUUUAUACAUGUAUAUUUGACACAACAAACAAGAUGUUUUUUUUUUUUAAUUUAAUUUUGUUUAAUAAGUUGCUAUUUUUGCAGCUGUUUGUAUAUCUGGCAUAUACACCGGAGCCAUACUUCUCAGUAGAAAGUUAGUCUGCUGGCGAAGAACUUCGUCUCCACUUACUCAAUCUCAGUCGAGUACUGUUCAGGUACUUGAGAAUAUUAUUUGUAGUUUAUUAAGUAUUUCCUUAUUUUAUUAGUCUUUAUUUUCGAGAUUGUUGUACCCCUUGUGGUGUACAGCACACUCCACGGGCUGUGAUAUUAUAUAUCCUUGUGUCAAAUUGUUUUCUUCUCGCCUUUUUCCUCCCAGUAACGUCAUUUAAAUUCGAUUCAAUUGCUCUCUAUUGGUAACGCGUGCUAAAUCAAGGAAUAAUAAUUUUUGUUUAUUUUCAAUUUUACCAAUUACUAAUAAUAAUAUGUUUAACUUGCUACACUGUCAAUUGAAAUUUGGUUUUAAUAGUUUUUAAAACUUUGCCGUGCUUAGCAGCUUUAACUUAAAAACAACUUUUUUUAUUUAAAUUUUAGGUCAACCUCAAAUUCAACUGAAAUUUUAGUUAUUUAAAUUGUUUUUUCAAUAUUGACCAUUUACAAAAUUUUAUUUGUAAUAUCAGGGCAAAAUAUUGAACCCUGUUUUUAUUUUACACAUACAUACAUACAUAUAUUUUCAUUAAUUAUAUAGUAUAUUGUAUUUUUAACUUGUUUUGCACUUUUAAUAUAAAUUAAAAAUUGUAUUUAACGUCAAUGAAAUAAUUUGAUUACUUAUUAAAUUAAGCAUACGCAAUGUGGUUGGUGUGCUAGUUUUUUUAAUAUUAAAAUUUAUUACUCUCUUAUAAUGUGGUAAGAGUUGAUAAUUAUCUACAUAUGUAUGUUUGAAAAAUUUAAACGAAAAAACAACACAACUCACAUGUUAUUAAUAAAUAAUUGAAGUUUGAAACGUAAAAA